AUGCAGUUCACCAAGAUCAUCACCCUUACCACCCUCCUCCUGACCGGUGCCGCUGCUGUCGCCAUUCCCACCGAUCUCCAGACCCGCGCCUGCGCCUACACCUGUGGCAGCAACUGCUACACCAGCAGCGCUGUGAGCACUGCCAAAUCCGCCGGUUACAAGCUUUACUCCGCGGGCUCGACCGAGAACUCCUAUCCCCACGUCUACCACAACUACGAGGGUUUCGAUUUCUCCGUCAGCGGCACCUACUAUGAAUUCCCCAUCCUGAGCUCGGGCAGCGCCUACAGCGGUGGUUCUCCUGGCGCAGACCGUGUUAUCUUCAACACUGGUAACCAGCUUGCUGGUGUGAUCACUCACACUGGUGCUAGCGGUAACAACUUCGUCGCUUGUACUUAA